AUGAACACACACCAUCACUGGGACCAUGCUGGCGGAAACAAAAAGAUGCUGUCCGCCUUGCCCUCCCAAUUACCCGUUAUCGGAGGCAAGGACUGCGAAUGCGUCACAAAGACUCCUCCCCAUGGGUCAACAUUCUCGAUAGGCAAGAAUAUUGAAGUCACCGCCCUGCACACGCCCUGCCAUACACAGGACAGUAUCUGUUGGUACAUGCAAGAUAAGUCCACAAACGAACGAGUGGUGUUUACUGGUGACACGUUGUUUAUCGGCGGCUGCGGUAAAUUCUUUGAGGGCAAUGGUACAGAGAUGAAUACAGCCCUCAACGAGAUCUUGGCUGCGUUACCGGAUGAUACAAAGAUCUACCCCGGCCACGAGUACACAAAAUCCAAUGUUAAGUUCUUGAAGAAAGUCGACGGGAACAACCCGGCGGUGAAAAUGCUGGAGAAGUUUGUGGAGGAGAACCGGGAAACACAAGGAAAGUUUACCAUCGGCCAGGAAAAGGAAUAUAAUGUAUUUAUGCGAGUAAUGACGGAGGAUAUGAAGAAGGCCACGGGGAAGACGGAGCCUAGCGAGGUGAUGGCUAAAUUGAGGGACAUGAAGAACGCAAGUUAA